AUGCUCCCCCGCGCCGCCGCCCGCACGACGACGUCGCUCGUCGCCCGCCGAGGCUUCCACGCCACAAAGGCCCGCAUGUCGUCGCCUUACCACUACCCCGAGGGCCCCUACACCAACAUCCCCUUCAACCCGCGCAGCAAGUGGUUCGGUCUCUUCUACUGGUCCUUCCUGGCCACCGGCUUCGGCGCCCCGUUCGGCAUCGCUGUUUACCAGACCUACAAGGAGCAAUAA